CUUCCGCCCUUGUGCCUGGCUGAAGGUGUUUCCGGCAAGGCGUCCUGAUUCCGGCGCCGGUUUCCCUCGGCAUGCAGGGGCAGCAGCAGCAGCGGCGCAGGGGCAGCAGCAGCAGCGGCGCCUCCGGAAGAGCAGCAGUCUCUGGAUGUGGUGGAGGGAUGAGUGGCUGGCCCCGCCCCCGCAACAAUGGAGGCGUCAUAUGAUGGCAGUGAAAUAACUGUAGUAAUGGAGGAAAUAGAAAAUGCAUACAGCUAUGCAUCUCCAGUGCCUUCCAAAAAGAAGAAGAAAUACAGAAGUCCUGGAGAUCAAGGAGAAAAAACCAAAAAGCCCAGAUCUGCAUACCUUCUGUAUUAUUAUGACAUAUACCUGAAAGUUCAGCAAGAACUCCCACACCUUCCUCAGUCUGAAAUAAACAAGAAAAUCAGUGAGAGCUGGAGGUUACUCAGUGUGGCUGAGAAAAGUUAUUAUUUGGAGAAAGCAAAGUUGGAGAAAGAAGGCCUAGACCCGAAUUCAAAGUUAUCCUCCCUGACUGCUGUAGUCCCAGACAUUCCCGGUUUUCGUAAAAUCCUCCCUCGCUCAGAUUACAUCAUUAUUCCAAAAGGUAGUCUCCAAGAGGAAAGGAACAAGCAGCACGUGGAACUCUGUGUGACCCAAGGCCAAACUACAUUAGAAGGACUUACGGCCUCUGCUAAUGUGACAAAUGUUUCCCAUGGGACUGUGCAUAACAUAUUCUCUGUAGACUCUGGUCACGUUGGUUUUUCCGAGCAGUGCAUUGCCAUUGAAGGGGUUUCGGAGGACCCAGUUUCAUUUGUUCAGUCGGAUGCAAUAGAAGAAGUUGUUGCAUCAGAGAUCUUGACUCAUUGUGGCAGAUCUACUGCAAACAAGGUGUCUGGAGAUGUCCUUUUGGAUGAGGCCUCUUUGGAUGUAGGAGACAGCUAUCCCUAUCAAGCUGCUAGCGUGGUUAUCGAAGAGACUGUGGUAAACAGCACGGAUGCAUCCAGUGGGACAAUUGCUGUGACACAACCUCAGGCUUCAGAUGGUAUCUCUGUGGUAACAGUGGUGACCAGAAGAGACAGAGAAGAAAGCAAUUCUUUAACUCCCACUGCACAAUUCAUCAUGCUUCCUUUGCCAGCACAUUCAGUUUUGGAAAAUCCAUCAUCAAUCAAAUUGACCACUACCUACACCCGCCGAGGGCAUGGAAAUUGCACCAAUCCAGGCUGUUCCUUUACUUAUGUGACCAGACACAAGCCACCCAAGUGCCCUAUGUGUGGGAACUUUCUGGGAGGGAAAUGGAUCCCAAAGGAGAAACAGCCAAAAGGCAAAUCUGAACCAAAUUCUGGGAUUUCUGUAAAAACACUGGGGCCCAAGAGAGGUCAGCAGCCCUUAGCCUUGGGGCCCGCUGUGGUUCGAGACAGUACCUCCAAGUCUGCACUGGAAAACUCUGAAGCAGUUACUCAGUUUUUAAAUGCUGUUCCUGCUGUGGGACAGGUACAGGAGGCUGAAUGGGAGGAAGUAAUCAUCUCUGAGGCACACAUCCUUGCAAAUAAUGUGCAGCCAGAAGAGCAAAGAAGCCUCACUGCAGUUAUUCAGCUUCAGAAGGGUAUUGCACAGACAGACCCUCAGUUAGAACAGAAGGAGAAUGGGACCUUGGAGACACAGACAUCCAUUGAAACAGUAAAUACGGGUAACUCACUUUCAAAUCCAGCUUCUGCCAUGAAGCAUCCAAUGGGGGCUGAUGCUGUUGGCACACCGUUCAAGGGGCAGGAGCAGAAGAGCAAAACAAGACCUAAGCCAUCCUUGCUGGCUGCUGCAAGACCCAUGAGGGCGAUCCUGCCUGCCCCUGUCAGCUUGGCAAGAGAAACCAGCACUGAGCAGCCAGUUGGCAGGCAGCCAUGCACAAACAAUGAAAAAAACUCCCCUGGAAGAUUCUCCGGACUGAAGCCUAGUACUUUGAAGCAGCUGGGCCAGUCCCCCCUGCAGCCCCCCUGCACUGAAGAGCACAAGCUUCAUGGAAGCACAAACAGUUCAACAUCUCAUGUCAAAGUGGUAGAAGUCAAACCAGAUGUGUUCCCUUCCUAUAAAUAUAGCUGCACUGUAACCUUGGAUUUGGGUUUGGCAACAUCACGUGGCAGAGGGAAAUGUAAGAACCCUUCUUGCAGUUACAUAUACACUAAUCGGCACAAGCCAAGGAUCUGUCCCAGUUGUGGCUACAACCUUGCCAAAGACAGAGCUGAGAAAACAGCAAAAUCCCUGGAGGUCAUCUCUAGCCCUGCACAAGUAUUGAACACCAGUGAACCAUUAAUCCAGUCCCAGAAAGAGAUCCAGCGCCAGUCCACUUUGCAACUUCUGCGAAAAGUUGUACAGAUCCCAGAGAAUGAAUCCGAACUUGCUGAUGUCUUUGCCCUGGUUAACGAACUCAACAACUCACGGCUUAUCCUGUCCAACAUGAAUGAGGAGACAGUCACCAUUGAGCAAACCUCUUGGUCAAACUAUUACGAGUUUCCUCCAUCCCAGUGCCUUCUCUGUAGCAGUCCUUUAUUCAAAGGAGGACCAAAUUCACUUGCAGGCCCUCAGGAGUGCUGGUUGUUGACAGCAAAUCGCCUUCAGGUGGUCACUGCUCAGCUCAAGGUCUGUGUGAAUGUGCAGUGCUUGGCUCUCCAUAGCUUCAAUGAUAUCUACAGUGGUUUGUUCAAUGUGGGUAACAAGCUUUUGGUGAGCCUGGAUCUUCUCUUCACUGUAAGAAAUCAUAUAAAACUUGGUGAAGAUCCUAAAGUGGCGGUCAGCAACAUUUUGGAAUCUGUGCAGGAACAGACAGAGAGAAACCUGAGCACAGAAGAGUUGAGUCAGCUAGAGGAGCUACUCUGCAAUGGCUAUUGGGCCUUCGAGUGCCUCACUGUCCGGGAUUACAAUGAUAUGAUUUGUGGAAUCUGUGGCAUUGCGCCCAAAGUUGAAAUAGCCCAAAGGAAUGUGGAAAAUGUUCUGUCACUGAAAAACAUUGAGUUUACCUGGCCAGAAUUCUUGGCAUCGAGUGAGGUUAAUGUAGAAGAUUUUUGGUCCAUUAUGGAGACAGAAGUGAUAGAGCAAGUGGCUUUCCCCUCCAGCAUCCCCAUCACCAAAUUUGAUGCCUCGAUCAUAGCUCCUUUCUUCCCACCACUGAUGAGGGGCACCGUGGUUGUCAACACAGAAAGAGAGAAAACCUUUGAAGCACAUGCAGUGCCAGGUAAUGCUAGUGUUCUAGUGAGGCUUAUUCAGGAUGAAGCCUGUAAAAUGGAACAGAUUGGUUCUUAUAGUGAAGAAGAACUACAGAAUUUCUUGACCCAGUGCAGCAUUCCUUGGGAGGCAGGAGAGUCAAAGGAGCAGCUCUGUCUUUCUCUUCUGGCUCUUUAUGAUUUUGUCCAGAAUGGAACACAGGUCAGGCAACUCCCAGCAGACUUCACUGGAGGAAAAAUCUACAAAGUGUGUCCACACCAGGUCUUGUGUGGGUCAAAAUACAUUGUCCGAGCAGAAAGCCCCCGAGACCACGUGGACCUCCUAGUCUCCUCACGUCAUUGGCCACCAGUCUAUGUGGUAGACAUGGCCACUUCUGUGGCACUGUGUGCAGAUACCUGCUAUCCAGAACUGACUGCUCAGAUGUGGGGAAAGAACCAGGGUUGCUUCUCUGACCCUAUGGAGCCUUUAAGGUAUGUGUCCUGCCCUGAACUCCUUGACAGGCACUACAAUGUGGACAUGAGCAGCACUGAGCAUUCUGUUCAGCACCCAGUUACCAAAUCAGCCUCUCGCCGAGUCGUUCACAGUGGGACAGAGCAGAGCAAUCAGUACGACCCAACCAGCCGGCACCGGUCCCUCUCAUUGUGCCGUGAACUAGAACCCUACAGUGCUGUCAUUACAGCCAUCAAUGGGAGCACCACGAGCAAUGCACGACAGAGACCUAUUACCUUUGACAGUGCAACCCACUAUUAUCUCUAUAACCGCCUGAUGGAUUUCCUCUCUAGCCGGGAGAUUGUGAACCGGCAGAUUCAUGAGAUUGUUCAGAGCUGCCAACCUGGUGAAGUUGUCAUCCGGGAUACACUGUAUCGUCUUGGUGUUGCCCAGAUCAAGACAGAAAUGGAUGAAGAUGAAGAGAUCCAAGGAGAAAAUGGCAUGAUUUAAUUUGCUUUGUGGUGGCUGCCUUGUUCCUAGAGAUAUGAAAGAGCUUGGCUGCAGAUGCUCCAGUUUGUUGCUCUGAUCUGAUAAAAAGAAAAAAGGAAAGGUUGUGUGCUUCUGCUGAAAAAUAGGUUUGGAUUGAUUUGCAGACAGCGUGUUGUAAAAGGGUGGGUUGCUCCGUUCUAGGGAUGAUGAGGUCCCCCAUCCAUGCGGAGACAGUGUGUUGGGAGAGGAGAGUGCUAGACACAGAUGGCUGGGAAGAGAAGGCAAAUGGAUGAAUAGAAGAUCACCUUUUGGCAAUGUGUGCAUUUUGGGGAGUUGAGAAACUAAGUAGAAAGAGGAGCAUAAGAGAAAAAUCAGUCAUAAUACUUGAGUGGAUCUCCCAAAAUUAUAUCCAGAAGGGGAAACCAUAAUAGACCAAAGAACAUUUGGACCCUGGCUGCUACCUUUUUGAUCAGAAGAAAAUUUUCAGAUUGACCUUCAUCUCCCAUCAAUAUUGGAGGGUUGAGAGCAAACUGUUCUUACGUCUCAUUCUGCCUCAACCAGAAGAGGCAUUAUCCCUUUAUUUAAUUAUUGAAAGCCAGAAUGAUUUGAUCUUAAUGACCCUGUGCAUUAAUGUAAGGAUUGACCUGUAAAACUAGUAUAAUUGUUGCAAAGAUUCUUCAGGGAUUUGUACACUUUGGAUGAAGCAACUGGACUCUUGACCAGGAGAGGAAUUUCAGGCACUUUACAUUAUAUCCUGUCCAUGGACUUAAUAGAUGAUUGUCCAUUUCUGUGUCAUAGACAUAUUUGUGCAACAGUAGUUAGAUUCCAACAAGAUAGGCUUUUCUGAUUAUUUCCCUCACUGAAAUCUUUUUGGGAGGCUACAUAAUACUUCCCUGUCUGGACCCAUUGCAAACCACUACUUGUUUUCCAGCUUCAACAUUACAAAACUGAUUUGGGGAGUUUCGUUUUGUCAUACUCCUUUUACAAUUGGUCCUGAGGAAAUCACAAUUAUUCUUCCUGUGAAAUAUAGUGACUCCUGAUAUGUGAACUGCUUGCAUUGUCUCCUGAUUCCCUCUUUCUCUUACCCAUCAACACAUCUGAAAAGUGACUGUAAAAACAGGUGGUCAUGGAACUUAGGGGGGAAUUCCCUCUAUAUUUUUUAUUCUGAUUUGUGUUGUUGAUUUUAAAAUUCCCUUCUGUGAAGGAUUCUGGUGUGCUGUCAAAACAAAGCAAGAAGGAACCAUACAGAAUUUCUAAGCAAAGCUUAUGAUUUGCUGUUAAAGGCUAGUGUAUGAGAAACACUUUCUCAGUCAGUAAUAAAUUAUCUCUUCCAGUGUUGGAAGGUGAAACUA